AUGUAUUGCAGAGAUGUGAGCGACUACCAGAUGUUGUAUAGUCUUGAUGUGCUUGGUGUAGAAGACUGGGGAGAAGACGAUCAAUUGGAUGUUUACACCGAAUUCAACGAGACCAUUGUUCGAGACAAGGAAGGACGGUACCAAGUCAACGUUCCAUGGAUACCUGGUGCUCAACUUACAGAGACAAAUGAGAUACAGAGCAAGAAACGCCUGCGUUCGGUCACAAAGAAACUCAAUCAAGACCUCGGUUUGAAAACAGAAUACCGGAACAUCGUAGCCCAACAGCUUGACAAAGGAAUCAUCGAGAGGGUCCCAGGGGAACCGACCGGAAGUUGUGUGUUUUAUAUGCCACAUAAACCAGUGGUAAAAUCUUCUGCCACAACCACAAAG